CUCACCUGCCAGGUUGAAACUCUCAAAGCUCUUACAAAUAUAACGCUUUCUAUUGCUUGAAAACCCAUACCCUGGGAAACGAGCCAGCGCCAUGGAGUCUCCCCUGAAGGAUUCCCCCGUCAGACCGGGCUUCCUCAGACAGGAGGUCCAGAAAACGACGUGGGACGUCCCGGAGAGGUACGCGGCGCUGCGGCCGAUCGGCUCCGGAGCUUACGGGACAGUUUGUUCUGCCAUGGACCAGAAGACCAAGGAGAAGGUGGCCAUCAAGAAGUUGUAUCGUCCGUUCCAGUCCCUCAUCCACACCAAACGGGCCUACAGGGAACUCAGGCUGCUCCGACACAUACAGCAUGAAAAUGUGAUCUGCCUCCUCGACGUCUUCACACCGGACCCCUCGCUGGAGAAAUUCCAAACCUUUUACAUGGUAAUGCCAUUAGUAGCCCAGGAUCUGGGCCACAUUAUGAAGAAGCGGAGAUUAACUGAUUGCAUCAUCACAUACCUGUUCUACCAGCUGCUGAGAGGACUCAAAUAUAUUCAUUCUGCAGGAAUCGUUCAUCGGGAUCUGAAGCCUGGUAACCUUGCUGUGGAUGAGAACUGUGAAUUAAAGAUCCUGGAUUUUGGCCUGGCACGACAGACGGAGAGUGAAAUGACCGGUUAUGUUGUGACGCGCUGGUACAGAGCACCAGAGGUCAUAUUCAACUGGAUGCACUACAGCCAAACAGUGGAUGUCUGGUCAGCCGCCUGCAUCCUGGCUGAGAUGAUUACUGGCCAGGUGCUUUUCCCGGGACACGACAGUAUUGACCAGCUGAAAAAGAUCCUCCAUCUGACAGGAACGCCAGACUCCUCCCUGGUACAGAAGAUGCAGAGUAAGGAUGCGCAGUCGUACGUGCUGGGUCUUCCUCCGCAGAAGAAGAAAAACUUCAAGGAAGUGUUUGCGUCCAUGGAUGAAAAAGCUGUAGGCAUUCUGGAGGGGAUGUUACUGCUGGACCCAGAGACGAGGCUGACAGUGAAGCAGGGACUGUCGCACCCUUUCCUGGCUGAAUAUCAUGACCCGGAGAGCGAGCCAGACUCGGAGCCUUACGACGACUCCUUCGAGAGCCUGGAGCUCGCCGUCGGGGAGUGGAAGAGUCUUAUCCACAUGGAGAUCAUGACCUUCGACCCUGACAACCCCAGUAAGACAGCCAUGUAGGACGCUGUGAUGGGCCGGCGCCUCUCUAAAGGCCAACAACACUGUCAGACAAAUGAACACAAAACAACAUCAAAAUCAUCUGAUAUUGCAUCACGAUUAACAUGCAUUUCAUAGGGUUGCUGUACUUGGUACGGUGGCCUGUAGAGGACAGUAUGAAACAGAGGUUAGGCUCUCAUUAAGCUUGUUUUUAUUCUGUGAUAUUCAGACAGCAGUAGCAGUUGGCCUGCAUGUUGAAGUCUGUCAAAAACACUGUACCACUGAAUUAUAAAAUGCUGUCUUCUGCCAAAUAUAUUGACUUCUUAGAUCAAGGUCCAUUUACUUCUCUUGCAUCUCAUGGUUUUCAUGUGGAGAACAUUCCACAUUUCUUUAUUUCUGUGAAAUGUUAGAUCAUCGAUCCAUCUAGCGAUAGUGAGACGAGGUUCAAGGCUAUGAAAAAAGUAUGGAAAGGACCCAACGUUGAGAUCAUUUCAUAAAACAUCAAUUUCCAAAGUCAAGGAUAAACUUUCGCUUUCUACAAAGUGUUUGAUUGACUUCUGCAAAGUAGAUGGUAAAACAAAUGUGUGUGAAAAUAUCAGUUGGGACAAGUCAAUUACCAAAGAUGUGCGCUCUGUGUGUGUGUGUGUGUGUGUGUGUGUUUAGAAAGAAAAAUAGAAAGAUCAUCCUGGCUUAUGAUGAAAAUCUCCUUAGUUAAAUUGUAUCUUACUUUACAAGGACAGUAAUUGUGCGUUUGUUUUUGUGUAACAUAUUCAUGAUAUGAAAGAGGGUAUGGACGGCAAUUAUAUGUGGGAUUUUAUUUUUCGAUCAUAUUUACUGCUGGAACACACUCAAUUGUUUUCAAAAUAAAACGUUGUAGAAAAUAACUUGUUGCUGUCGAUUAUGAUGUUACAGAUGAACGGUAGAAGGAUGGAGGUUAAAAACACAACAGGCACAAGGUGUCAUGGAAUCAUCACUAGAGGGCAGCACUAUAUCAUAGCAAAGAUUCUGUGUGGAGGACGGGGAUGUGUUUUGACCUGUUCUUGAAAGGAAAAUCCAAAAUCUAAAAUUGUUAUGUCACAGUUGCUCUUACGAAGAUAUAAGAAAAAUAGAAGCAAAAGAACAUCAAAUGCCAA